UGGUACGAGCAGGCCACAUGACUAUGCAGUGAUUAGCAUUGUGAGAGAUUAGAGAAGACUUGUACUUCACCAAAAAGCCAGGAGUUUUGCUUUUUCAAAACAUAGGGCAUUAACCUGUACUAUAAAGUGGUCCAAAUGCAUGGGGAGAAAAUUUCUGAAAGGGAAGAGAAAGAAAAUUGAACAUAAAGGUCUCUGUUGGAAUAACCAUUGCUGGUGCACUAGAAAACCGGUUGUUCCUCUGUAUGGUGUGGAUCCACUGAAGAGCCAAAGCCAAUGUCAGGUCCUAUUGGUUACACUCCUCCAGAGGGGGGCUGGGGUUGGGCAGUGGUGGCCGGUGCCUUCAUCUCUGUUGGUUUCUCCUUCGCGUUCCCAAAAUGUAUCACUGUGUUCUUCAGAGAUAUCGAAGUGAUCUUCAAUGCCAGCACAAGUCAAGUUUCAUGGAUCUCAUCUAUCAAUGCAUCCUUCAUAUAUGCAGGAGGUCCAAUUAGCAGUAUUCUGGUGAAUAAAUAUGGCAGUCGUCCUAUAAUGAUACUAGGGGGUUGCCUCUCGGGAACUGGACUGAUUGCUGCAUCAUUCUGCAACACAGUGGAGGCUUUAUAUCUUUUUGUAGGUGUGAUAACAGGUCUUGGACUGGCGUUCAAUCUCAACCCAGCCCUCAUAAUGAUCAGCAAAUAUUUUUACAAAAGAAGGCCAUUUGCUAAUGGAAUUGCCAUGACUGGUACCCCAGUAAUUAUGUCAACUUUAGCUCCUCUGAGCAGUUGGUUUUAUAACCAGUUUGGUUGGAGGGGUAGCUUCCUAAUCCUGGGUGGGAUUUUGCUCAACUGUUGUGUAGCUGGAUCUCUCAUGAGGCCUAUUGGGCCAAAACCCAAAGCUGCUGUGGAGGCAGUUAGUGAUGAUGGAGAGAAGAAAACAGUGAUGGAGAUUAUCAACAGUGUAAUUGAUCUGUCUCUCUUCAAACACCGUGGAUUCCUCCUGUACCUCAUAGGCAAUAUUGUGCUGUUCUGUGGUAUUUUCACUCCCCUGGUGUUCCUCAGUAAUUACGCGAAGACUAAGAACAUUUCAAAUGAGAAGGCUGCAUCAUUGCUUUCAGUGCUGGCCUUUGUGGACAUGGUGGUGCGGCCAUCCAUGGGAACAGUGGCCAAUACCAAAUGGGUGCGACCCAGGAUACAGUAUUUCUUUGCAGCUUCAAUUCUGUUUAAUGGUGUGUGUCACUUGCUUGCCACCCUUGCACAGGAUUAUGUAGGUUUUGUGAUCUAUUCAGCUUUCUUUGGGUUUGGUUUUGGGUGGCUGAGUUCUGUCCUGUUUGAAACCCUAAUGGAUCUAGUGGGAGUCCAGCGCUUCUCCAGUGCUCUGGGCCUGGUCACCAUCUUGGAGAGUGUGCCAGUGAUGCUUGCCCCACCCUUGUUAGGAAAAUUUAAUGACAUCUACCAUGACUACAAAUAUACUUACAUAUGCUGUGGAAUACUCCUGUUGGUCGCAAGCGUAUUCCUCUUCAUUGGCAUGGGAAUUAACUACAGGCUGCUGGAUAAGGAAGCAAAGGAGGGAGCUAGAAAAUCUCAGCCAAAAGUGAAAGAGGAAGAAUCCACCAUAGACAUUGCAAACAAGCCUACUAGCAAUGAGACAGCUGUAGCACUGUGAGUGCUGAACACUACUAAAACUGCAGGAGAUUCUGUAUGCAAAAAGUAAGUGAUCUAGUCCAUUAAUGACUAGCAUGGCAAACUGAAUUCAAAUUAAUUCACUGAAAGAAAAAUAUUUUAAUCGAUGCAGUUUUGCUGCUUAUAUAACCAGGUUAGAUUUUAAAGAAGUGUAUUAAUCAAGUUCAUUCUCACAAAAUUGAAUUUUACACUCCUGGGGGAAAAGGGGGGCCAAAAUUUGCCUAAAAUGGCGAAAUAUAUAGUUUUUUAUGGCCUUAACAAAAAAUCAUUGGUCAGGAAAUUAGCAAGAAUUAAACAAAUAGAUAAAGUAACUUGGUAUUGGAUAGUUUUUCCCUUUGAUUUCUUUAAACGUUUAAGAUUUGUGGGUAAACUUCUGGACAGCUUUUUAUUGUUGUUUUAUUUUUAUUAUUAAAUUUUAUUUAUUUCAUUUUAUUUUAUUUUUUAAUUUAUUUUUAUUUUAUACACCCAGACAUGUGUUAGCUUGAAUUUUACAUCAAACAUUUUAAUCAUGAUUUUACUUUUGCGUACAAGAAGACUAAGUGAAUUUCCCUGUUUCUAGCUUUUCCCCCAAACAGUUCACUGCAGCAAAAGUAAAUGAGCAAUUGGUAGCACAGGAAGUCUCAGGAGUACAUUUGUUUAAUUCUCAUUUUCUGACCAUUGAUUUGUUGUUAAGACCAUUAAAAGCUUAAGGGACAAAACCAAAAAUUUCCCUUAAACAUAUAGUCAUGUGAAAAAAUAAGUACACCUCAUAGAAAUUGUUGGCUUUUUGACAUAUUUAGAUAAGCAAACAUUUGAUAAUUUUGAAAGAGUGCCUGUUAGUAAAGUUGAUGUACUUGAACAAAACCCCAAGGAAAAUGAGCUUUUUCAAUCAUUUAAGCAACAGAAAUAUCAAUAGAUGUGAUAUUCUUCUGUGGCUAAAGUAAGUACAGCCUUGGCCUCAGAAGCUAGUAUUGCCCCCUUUUGCAGAAAUAACCUCUUGUAGGUGUAUUGCAUAAUUGUCCACCAGGCUUGCUCGAAUUUUUGACCACUCUCCCAUGCAAUGUUCUUUCAGUUACAAUCCCCCCAACAUUUCAGUGGGAUUCAAAUCCAGGCUUAGACUAGGCCGUUCCAUAACCUACAUUUCUUCUUUUUUGAGCCAUUCCUUGGUGGAUUUGCUAGUGUGCUUAUGAUAAUUAUCCUCUUGAAAGGUCCACUUUUGGUUCAACUUCAAUUUUCGGACAGAUGGCCUCACAUUAUCUUCAAGCACUCUUUGAUAUGAUGCAGAAUUCAUAUUCAAAUCAAUGAAUGCAAGCUGUCCAGUCCCUGAGGCAGCAAAGCAACCCUAAACCAUAACAUUUCCACCACCGUGCUUCUCCAGAAAAGUUAUCUUUGGGCUGUGCCAAACAUAUCUGUUACUGUGGCCAAAGAACUCUAUCUUUGAUUCAUCUGUCCAGAGCAGAUUAUUCCAACAGGCCUGGUCUUUGCCUAUAUGCUCAUUGACAAAUUGUAGUCUUGCAAAGGCUUUUUCCUGGAAUGCGCUUUGACCCCAACAGUUGUAAGACUUACUAGCAGAUCCUUUGAUGAAAUUUUGGGGUUCUUGGAGACUUCUUUUUGCAUCAGACAGUCUGCUCCUGGGCUGAAUUUGCUGGGACUGCCAGUUCUGGACAAAUUGGCAGUUAUUUGAAAUCUGUGCCAUUUGUAGAUUGUUUUCCUUACAGUGAAAUGAUGCAUUUCAAAUAAUUUGGAGAUCUUUUUAAAUCCCUAGCCAGUCUCAUAGGCAUCCACAAAACACAAGAACAAGGCCUUAUAGAACUCUUUAGAUCUUGGCAUGAUGACACCACACACAUCAAUAGCAAAGGGAACACCAGACACUAGAUAUGAGAGGGGUAUAAAUAAGACAGGAUCCACAUAAGCAGGUUCUGGCACCCAAGCGUGAACACCUACUUCUAAUUUUAUGGAUUUGAAGGUGUGAUAAAUGUAGGGGUGUACUUAUUAUUUCCACUGUUUUUUCCACUGUUUUUUUGUUCUUUUAAAUUGUGAUAAUUAUUACAAAAUGUAAUUUUACAUUUUAUGUGUCAACUUUAUUAAUAGGCACUGUUUCAAAGAGGAUGUUUGCUUGUCCAAAUAUGUCAACAACAGAAAAAACAAUUUCCAUCAGGUGUAAUUAUUUUUUUCACAUGACUGUACAUAUAGAUUUUCAAAAGAAAUAAUCGAAUUAAUUCUCAAUUCUAAACAAAAAUUCUAGAUGAUAACAAAAAUAUGAAAAUGUAAAUAUUGUGAGUAUUUAAGUCAUUAUAAAUGAUGUAACAUAUUUGCAAAAACAAUAAAAUAUUCUAUAACUAUGAAAAAAAGAGCAGCAUUCUUGUGCUUUUUUAAAGUAAAAAAACAACAACAACAAAAGCCCACCAUACUCUGACACUUAAGUCAAUCGUGCACAGACACACACUCUCUUGCUCACUCACACUCCACUCAGUCACAACCUUUUUCUAUUUUGCCAAACUAAUUGAAAAGUAACUAAAUAUAAAUUGGCACUUGUACUCAAAAUCUAUUACUAAAUGUAAUAAACUUUCUUUUGAAAAUUUC